AUGAAUUUUGAAAACAGAUGGGUCUUGAGAUCCGCUCUGAACUUCGCAAGUGAUGGAGAAAUAGUUAGAGAAGUAGGUAGAGAGUUCCAGAGAAAAGGACCAGAAAAAGCAAAAGCAGAUUUGGCAAAAGAGUGUUUAACACGAGUUAAGAAAAAGCGAGAAGAAGAAGACGAUCGUAAACCGGGGCGUUUAGGUUCAAUUAAUAUAUCUGAUAAAUGGGUCUUGAGAUCCGCUCUGAACUUCGUAAGUGAUGAAGAAGUAGUCAGAGAAGGAGUUAGAGAGUUCCAGAGAAUAGGGCCAGAAAAAGCAAAUGCAGAUUUAGCAAAAGAGUGUUAA